GCAGAAAUGUCAGACAACCUGGCUGCUGAGAAUUGUUGCUCCACCCAGAUCACCGUCCAGACAUUUUCCUAUAGGUGGAUCAUCAGCAACUUCUCCUUUUUGCUGGAGAGCAUGAGGGAAGCCAUUGAAAGUGUGACUUUCUCAUCAGGAGCCAAUAACAAACUCCAAUGGUGUUUGAGAGUACACCCCAGUGGGAGCGAUGAAGAUAGCAAAGAUUACCUGUCAGUUCAUCUAGCGUUGCUCCACUGUCCAAAAAGCCCCAUUUGGAUGAAGUUCCACUUUUGGAGCAUAAAUGCUAAAGGAGAGACAUGCCAAGGACUGUGGAGCCAAAUUGUCCUUAGGUUUCUGCCAGGUAGCAACUGGAGAUUCAAAAAGUUUAUCCUGAGAGAUUUCCUGUUGUCCCAGGCAGAACUCCUUCUCCCUGAGGAGCACCUGAAUCUCCUGUGCAAUGUGUACAUGGUUCAAGGCUCUUGCAGCAUUCCAGGAGAGAACAUGACAUCGGCAAUCAUGGUUCCAACCUGCACUCUGAUGGAUGAGCUAGGAGAGCUGUGGAAGAAUUCCCUCUUCACAGACUGCUGUCUCUUGGUAUCUGGUCAGGAAUUCUGGGCUCACAAGGCCAUCUUAGCAGUUCACUCUCCAGUUUUCAGAGCCAUGUUUCAACAUGACAUGGAAAACAGGGGAUAGAACCAAGUUGAGCUCAAGGACCUGGAGCCUCAAGUCUUCAAGGAGAUGAUGGGCUUCAUUUACAAGGGGAAGGUACCAAACCUCCACAACAUGGCCACUGGUGUGCUGGCAGCUGCUGACAGGUAUGGCCUGAAGCUCUUGAAGGUCAUAUGUGAGGAUGCCCUCUGAAGGGACCUCUCAGUGAAGAAUGCUGCUCUCACUCUCAUCCUGGCUGACCUCCACAGUGCAGAGCAGCUGAAAAUGCAGGCACUGGAUUUCAUUACAAUUCAUGCAUCUGAGGUCUCUGAAACAUCGGGGUGGAAGACUAUGGUGGAUUUCCAUCCCCACUUGCUGGCUGAAGCAUUCCAUGCCCUGUGUUCUGCACAGAGGCCUUUCCUGGAAUCCCCUCUCAAAUGCCUGAAGAGAGAGAUCCUAGCACCUGCUUCCUUGUCACCUACACCUGUGUUCCUGGAGCAGCAGCCACUGUUGUUACCAGCAACUCCCAGGUAG